UCACGUCUCGACCAGCAUCUCGUCGGCCCGCCCGCUCUUUUUCUUGAUUUAUCGUCCCUUCCUGGCAUGGUAAAUACUGCCACGGCAUCUUGAUCGCAACAAUGGCGGGAUUGCAGGCUCGUUCCAGCAUGUCUCUGCCCUCCUCCCUCUCGGCAGCCUUUCGCAACAUCUCGUUAAACACCUCGAAACGAUCCUUUUCCUCAACGCCGGUCACGCAGAAGACGCGCACGCUACCGGAAUACAUCCCGCCGUAUCCCUUCGGACCGAAAUACGUUUACAAGCAAGCAGACUCGGGUCUCUACGGCGGCGUUCAGAUCAGUUUCGGCAAUAAAAUCUCCCAAGGUCGCAACGAGGGCAAGACACGACGAUCAUGGAAGCCCAACGUGCGCAGAAAGAAGAUCCACAGCGAGGCACUCGGUGAAGAUCUAUUCAUCAAGGUCACGCGAAAGGCCCUGCGGACGAUCCGCAAGGCUGGUGGUCUUGACCAGUACCUGCUGGACGACAGACCCGGUCGAGUCAGGGAGCUCGGCAUGUUCGGGUGGGAGUUGAGGUGGCGUGUGAUGCAGACGCCAAAGAUACAGGAACAGUUCAAGCAGGAGCGAAAGCGCUUGGGGUUGCCUGAGCCGCCGACUUUCGAGGAAUGGGUGAAGCAGAAGGAAGCGGAGUUGAAAGCACAAGCGGAGGAGGACCAGACCAACAUCAAGGAGGCCACGAAACCGUUCUACAACAAGCAGCUGUAUUAGCGGAAGAGAGCAAGCGAUAGCGGCCCAUAUUGACAGUCGAUGUCUUCGACGAGCGAAGCGUCUGUACUAUUACUUCGAUUUACAUGUUGACUGUCUUCCCUCGAUAUCAGGGCUGCCACUAUCCUCAAGGUGGCAGGGGAAGCGACUUCAGUUGUAUAGGGUUUCUUCGAUUUGCAUGAAUGAUUUGCUUUACAAUGUAUUUAUAUUUGGUCCACUUCAGGGUUAGAUUUCCUCAAUUUUAU